AUGCCUAUAAACAAUAAUAACGAGUAUGAUCUAGAAAAGGAAGAAGUUGCAGAAGAACUCAAAAUAGCUGCUAUAGGAUCUCAUAAAAUAUCACAAUUUUUUAAUCAAGUGGAUGGUCAAGAGAAUGACAAGAUGGAUAAUCAGAAAGAUAAUAGGGCAGAUAGUCAAGAGGAUAGUAAGGUGGAUAGUCAGGAGGAUGAUGAUCAGCAGUUAGAUUAUGAAAGUGAAAGUGAUCUUAUCGAAGGAUUAUUACAAUGGAAACAAAGACUUCAGGAAACAACUCAAAGAGUACAAUGUAUAAUCGAUAAAGCAAAGAUAUUAAAAUCUGAUAAGGUAAAAUACACUUCUGUUAUCUAUUAUAUACAACUUCUUCAGCAUAAAAUGCCUAAAAUCGAAGCAAGUAUAAUAGUGGCAAAAAUUCAUAAUGGUGGUGAGUAUCGUGCUAAAUGUAUACAAGCAUGGACAAAAACAUGCUUAGAAAAUAAACUUUUACCUCCGUCUCAACGUGAAAAACAUCCGUCAAAAUCACUUCUUUAUGAUGAAUAUGUCACUAUAAGAAUUGCGAACUAUUUACGAGCAACAAAAUUUCAAGUAAAUUCUCGGCUUAUCAAACAAUUUUUUGAGAACCAAAUUCUUUCCGAACUUUAUAUCGAUCAAGCACAAACAAUUUCUUUGAGCACAGCACAACUGUUUCGUCAAAAGUUUUUACAAGAAAUGGAAAAAUAUGAAAAAUUAAUGUCUAAGUGGAAUGAUAUCAACUGUAAAGUCUGUGAAGAGUUAUAUCUUUUACAUAAUGAGCAGAAACAUAUCUUAAUUACUUAUGAUAAAUGUACUUUUCACUCUUAUAAUGGCAUUCGUAAAUUCUGGGCACCUGAAGAAGAACAACCAUUAAGAAAAAAAGGACUUGGCCAAGGACUUCAUGUUAGUGAAUUUUUAACAGAGACGAUUGGACGAUUAAAAGAUAGAGAAGGAGAAGCAAAAGUUAUAAUGCAAUUUGGUGCAAAUAAUAAUGGAUAUUGGGAUGGAAAAAAAUUAUUACUUCUGCUAAAAAAUGUCAUAACAAUCUUCGAACGGACUUACCCUGGAUGUAUUGGAGUCUGGGCAUUUGAUAACGCAACAAGUCACACUGGUAUGGCACCUGAUGCACUAGUGGCUGCUAGAAUGAAUCUGAAUUCUGAUGAUAUGCAGCCAGAAAUGAGAGAUAUGACAUGA